AUGAAUAAGUGUGUAACUGUAUCACCUCUCGUGCUUUUGUCUGUCGCUGACCACUACGAUCGAGUGGCAAAAGAUUCAAAGAAGAGGGUGGUUGGUGUCCUUUUGGGGCACCAGUCUAGCGACACAAUAAAUGUCACCAACUCGUACGCAAUACCGUUUGAGGAGGAUGAGAAGAACUCAUCAGUCUGGUUUCUAGACCACAACUUUAUUGAAUCUAUGGGUGAGAUGUUCAAGAAAAUCAACGCUAAGGAAAAGCUCAUUGGAUGGUAUCAUUCGGGUCCAAAAUUGCGUGCAUCUGAUUUAAAAAUCAAUGACGUAUUUAAAAGAUAUACCUCGAAUCCAUUGCUAGUAAUUGUUGAUGUCCAACCACGUUCAGUGGGAAUUCCUACUGACGCAUACUUUGCAGUAGACGACAUAAAGCAUGACGGGUCUAAAGCGGAGAGAACCUUUGUCCAUGUGCCUUCCCUUAUUGAAGCUGAAGAGGCGGAAGAAAUUGGCGUUGAACAUCUUCUUCGUGACAUUCGUGACCAGGCAGCCGGAAAUUUAACACUCAAGGCAACGGAGACAUACAAAUCCCUCCUUGGGUUGCAUCACAAGCUACGCGAGAUUUCCAGUUACCUCGAGAAAGUCUACAGUGGUGCAAUGCCCAUUAAUCACUCUAUAUUGGGAAAAAUGCAAAACGUUUUCAACCUUUUGCCUCAAAUUUUAAACGACGAAAGCGUGCAAUCCAAUCCAUUAAUCUUAAGUAACGAUGCCAGAGAGGAGAAUUCUGACCCAUUAACGGCCGCGUUCAUGGUCAAGACGAAUGAUCAAAUGAUGAUGGUGUACGUGAGUACCUUGGUAAGGUCAAUUAUUGCAUUUCACGAUUUGAUCGAGAAUAAGUUAGUUAACAAGUCAAACAAGGAAAAUUGA